AUGAUCGUUCGGAUCUCCUUAUUGGCCAGUUUACUGGUCAUUUCGACCAUCGCAUUCGAAUGUUCUCCUGACACAAUUCUUCGAAUGGCAACCAACAAAAGAGAAAAGCAUUCAAUGGAUGCAGUUCAAGAAUUCAUGGGUGAUUCAAUGGAGAAAGACAGAGCGGAAGUAGUUGGAAAGUCAUCAGGAAUUACGGAAGAUGAGAAGUUGACUCUGAUUUAUGAAGUGUUCCGCCAAUAUUUCAAUAUUGAGUUUGGACAAAAGGUUAUGGAUACUGUCAAAUACUCAAUGACCGAGCGCGAUUGGCUCAUUGCAACUGCCGACGCCGCUCAAUAUCUCAAAGUGGAAAACUUUAAUUUGGUCUACUGA